AUGAAACAAAAAGAGCAGAGUGGAGUGAACACCCUAAAGUUUGCGCAGUCUACCUCACAGGACUGUAAAGCUGCAGCAGAGCCUCGCGUCUGUCAGAGCCACAGCCCACGGUCGGACCACUGGGAUCCUGAUGAAGAGAACAUCCAAACAUCUGCAGAGGGAGGGACCGCGGACACUCGGUACCUCUCUAACCCAUCCAUCGCUCUACUCCUCCCCACAGGCCGCACCGUGGAGGAGGCACCGUGCGGUCACUGA